GCGAACCGCGCAAAGCAGCGGCAAGUUUGCUUGAAUUGCACCAAGCGCGCCCCUCGAAAAGCAGAGGAGCACACUUGCCGUAAAUGCGGUGAGAAAUGGUGCGAGCGGCAGCCGCCUGGCAAUCGCAAGCGCUAUUGCUUCAAGUGCCGGGUAGAUUAA